CCGCUGAUUCCGCUUUCAUCCCAUCCACAGCCAUCUCGAUGUGCUCCAAUCGCCCCUCAACAACGUUCAUCCUUCCCUCCAUAGCUCCCUCUCUCCUCCGCACAGAUCCGGCAGGUCGGACCACUUUGUUAGAGAUUCAGGAUAUAGUGAUAUGGACAAAGAUUACAGUGAAAUGGCCUCACUUAGAGUUAGGCAUCGAGUCCAGACACAACAUAUAGUUCAAGUGAACGGUUGCCUAUCAUCCUUUCAAAAGGAACGUUUAAAGUCAACACCUUUCAAGUGGUUGGUGGAUUUGGUUGAUGAUAUGGUUAUUUCUAGCCCUAUUCUUAUAGAGUUAAUCAGUAGGUGGGACGUGGUUCAUAAGGCGUUUAGGAUUAGGGAGAAUUUAGUGCCUUUUAGAGUUGAUGAAGUUUGUUUUUUUUUAGGUUUACCAAAUGUUGGUGAGAGUGUUAAUUUAGAGAAUGAUGUCGGUGGCAUUGUCAAUGACUUGUUUAAGGAUGACGACAUCACAAUUUUAAGUAUAAUGGAAAAGAUGAAGCAUAAGACAUUUAAAUCCAAAAGAAGUGUUGACAUGUUUUGCAGGUUGUAUAUUUUGUUAGGUUUUGGAGCCUUUUAUUUUCCUAGGAAUAGUAAUGUGAUAAACAGUGUCCCUUUUAGUAAACUAGACAACAUUAAUGAUCUAAAUAUAUACAAUUGGGGUGAUGUUGUACAUGGUUUGAUAGUAAGUAGUUUGAAUCGGGCAUGCAAUAAAUACAAUAGCAGAUCUUACCACGAAGUUAUACACAUGGCUGGGUGUGCAACAGUUCUGCAGUUGUGGGUUGUUGAACACAUCAGUUUGUAUCAUCUUGAUGGACGAUGUAUUUUUCCCCGAUUUCUUCAUUGGGUUGUUAUUAAAGAUAAAAGGAAAAAAAUCAAAUUAAGUUUUCAACAAACAGAGAUAUUGUGGGAAUGCAACUUGUCUGAAGAGCAAUUACAAAAUGAUGAAAUGAAGGAAUCACAAAGUCAUGGUGGGAAAAGUAAUCCUGAGUCAAAUGAUGAGAACGUAGAGUUUGCUAGACUUGUGGAAGAGCAGAGAGUAUUGAUGAGAAGAGUUGACAAGCAUGCAGAACGGCUUGAUGAGUUACAAAUGAAAAUAAGACGUCUUGAAGAACAAGUACAGAAUGCAAUGCCAUCUUCUAAUGAUGGUAUGGAGGGACCAUCCAAAGCUGCGGGACCAUCCACAGCUGACAAAAUGAAUGAUUUAGCUAUUGUCAAUUUUGUGGAUGUGGGAAUGGAGGGAGCUUGCAGACAGGACAACAUUGAUUUUAGAAGUGUUUACACCACCUGCACUUCAUCACUUUGUCAUGAUGGUGAUGUAGCGCUUGUGGACGUGUCUAACAACAUCUUAACCAGAGGAGACUUGCAAUGCUUUUGACCUCGUGCAAAAAUUGAUAACAUUGUUAUGUUGUUUGCGACUGCGAUGCUUGUGUUAAAUCAAUUGCAUAAAUCAGGAACGAUCACUCGAUGUUGUUUCAAUCCAUUUUUUGCGACAACGAUCAUUGAAAGAAUGAAGAUUCCUAAAAAAAAGAGAGAAUUAUUGGAAGCAAUACAUUACCAUAAUUUCUUCCAACCUCAGAGUUGUUCAUUAAAUUAUUUGUUAAAUUCUGAAUUUUUGUUUGUGCCUACUGUGAGUGAUGACCAUUGGUGGUGCUAUUGUGUCAAUUGCCAAUCAAGGGAAUUUUUCAUUUUAGAUUCUCUUGGUCAUAAGAGGCGGACCAGAUAUGGUAUUGACAAGGCAAUGGUCGGUUGUUUGCAAGAGUUAUUCAAUAUGAUAGAUAAUGAAGCAAAUUGUGAGGACCGACAAUUGAAGGUCAUUAAAGAAGAUUUGCCAAUUCAACCAAAUACGUAUGAUUGUGGUUUGUUGGUGAUGAAAUAUAUGGAGUUAUGGGACAACCAACCUAAAUUUGAUGGCAAAAAAAUGCCCGAUUACACAACGGAGCAGUUACAACUUAUUCGACAACAAACGGUGUGUGAUUGGGUAUUACAUGAAGGAAAUCUGCAUAGAAGUACAGUAAUGAAGAACUGUGGAAUGCUAUAGCAAAUGAAGAAGUCAUGAAAUAGGAUAUAACUUGUAAUGAUGUUGCUGGAAUAUGAUAGAAUAUGAAACAAUUUUUGUUCUAUGGUUUUUGAAGUUGUUAUCUAUGUAUAGUGAAGGAUUAGUUAUGCACUAGUAUCACCAAUGUCCAUUUUGUGUACAUAAGCUAUUAACUAAAUUAGCAGAACUUGCAGUGAACAUAAGUUAUUGAGCAAAUAACCAUAUAAAACUUAACAGAUAACCACUAACUGUACGAAAAAUAUGUGACAUUGAAAUUGAAGUUGAACACUUGUAUUGUUGUGUCGUCCGUCUCUCUUCGUUGAAGCCUUGGUUCUUCUCGUUCGUUCAAGCCUUGUCUCUCGUCCGUCUUCUCUCUCGCCGUGUGACUGGAUCCUGGACAAUGAGAACAUUAGCAGAAUGGAAGCCCUACAUUUAUACGGCAUUGUCUAGGAUUGCUAAG